AAGGCGUCCCAAUAAUCUAAAGCAAUCUGUAAGGACCUGACCUUAGUCCAUUCAGAUCAAUAGGGAAGCGAGGGAGGGAAGCGGCCGGCGGAUCGUUUACGCGCGGCCCGUUUUCGGAGGAAAUAUAGACUUCCCUUACACUUUUGUACUUAUUGUACACUGGAUAUCGCAGCGCGCAUCGAGAAAGCGAUUUUUUGUGUGUGCACGCGUGUGUGUGUGCGCGUGUGUGUUCGUGUACGUGUGUGCGAUUUCAGCAGACUGUUGUUGGGUGUUUUUUCCCUUCGUUCCCCAACUACAAUGUCUUUCCCACAGCUGGGAUACCAGUACAUCCGACCGAUAUACCCGCAAGAACGGCAAGGGAUCGGCAGCGCGCGCAACGGGAGCGAGCUCAGUCCGUCCGGCACGCUCUCCAACGUUCUCUCUACCAUGUACGGAUCACCUUUCACCGCCGCACACACCUACGGAGCGUUCCUUCCUUAUUCAAACGACCUGUCCAUUUUCAGUCAGUUGGGAGCUCAGUAUGAGCUAAAAGACAGUCCAGGUGUCCAGCACCCAGCGUUUGCUCAUCCUCACCCUGCUUUCUAUCCCUACGGCCAGUACCAGUUUGGGGACCCGUCCAGACCCAAAAAUGCCACCAGGGAGAGCACAAGCACGCUGAAGGCCUGGCUCAGUGAGCACCGCAAGAACCCAUAUCCCACCAAAGGCGAGAAGAUCAUGCUUGCCAUCAUAACCAAGAUGACUCUCACCCAGGUGUCCACUUGGUUCGCUAACGCACGGAGGAGACUGAAGAAGGAGAACAAGAUGACCUGGACCCCACGCAACCGCACGGAUGAAGAAGGCAACGUGUACAGCAGCGACCACGAAGGCGAGGAUGGCGACAAGCGCGACGACGAGGAAGAGAUCGACUUGGAGAACAUCGACACGGAGCACAUCGAGAGUAAGGACGAGCUGGACGAACAGGACGAGCUCCACUCGGAUUCCAAGCUGGACGCCAGCUGCGACUCGGAAAUCUCGGACGGCUAUGAGGAUAUACACGGGCCCGAGCCGAAGCUUUUAAAAGCCGUGGCCCAAGACGGCAAAGACGCGCACGCGGUUGCAGAUGCUGAGAGGCCCGAUCACUUCAACCUCCACCACCAUCACCUCCAUCACCAUCAUCACCAUCACCUUCCUCAUUCAUUGGACCUCAAAACACAGCCUCCCAGCAGCGAGCAGAUCAAACUUAACCCGGUGUCCAACUCUCCUCCGGCUGAAAACAAUGCGGCCCCGGUGCAAAAACCUAAGAUCUGGUCUUUGGCUGAGACAGCCACGAGCCCGGACAAUCCCCGGAAAUCUCCACUCGUAAACGGGAGCUCAUCUCAGGCCGUCAUGCCUUCUCAUAGACUCGUUUCAUGCUCGGUGGGCAAACUGCAGAACUGGACGAGCCGUGCGUUCUCGGCGCACCAGCUCGCGCUGCUCAACUCAAACCACUAUUUAGGACUGGCCAAUCAGGCUUCAGCCAACGGCCUCGCGCUCUACACCGGCAACAGGCACACGGAAGAGCGCAGUGUCAGCUCAGAGAUUGCACACACAGGCCUCAGGAUCAACCUGGAGCUGCCAUGAUAUUAUCCAACCCCCUUUUCCCAAUUUCCUCAUAGAGACUCUUUUAUAAAUCUUCAUUUUAACCUGUCGUAAGGAAUGUAAAAUAAAUAACACACCCUGUGUACUUACCUUGUAAGCAUGUCCUUGUGUAUAAUUGCUAAUGCAAUGCUGUAAAAAUUGUAGUCUGUGAGGUUUUUUCUUCCUCUUUUUUUUUUCUUUUCUUUUGUGAGGAUUCGAUGUUGCAAUGUUUUGUAUAUAUAACGUAAAGAAAGAAAAUGUACAUACUUGUGAUCCAAAAUUGUACAAGAAAGUCUAUAUUUUGGCUAAUAAAUGAACUGCGGCAACUUAAACACAAA